CCUCACUGGUUAAUAUUACUGUUUAUUAAGCUGUCACCCCUUGAUGCUUUAAUUUGCCUCAGCUGCAGGAUUCUUUUUCUUUCUCUCAAACCCUUUUUUGACUCCCGCGCCUUGUUCUUCUCUCCUUCUCUCUCUCUCUCUUAGAACAGACCCUUUUUUUUUUAAAAAAAAUCCUUGUUGUGUCAUGUUCCUGGAGAGCAUUUGUCCAGGCCAAGUCAAUCCACAACCUCAUGCGAUUGAAGCCUUUGUGUGGAAAUCCAUCCGCUACAUUAUAUAUGCAACCGGGUCAAAAGUCGUCAUUUAUGCCGAUCCAGCAAAACUUGUUCAAAUCGUUUCUUCGAAAACCCUAGGCAAUGACGACCAGCGCGAAAUGGUGACAGCUGUUGCUGGAUGUCCAAGGACGGGUCGUCUUGCACUUGCAUGCGGAACACAAAUUGGCAUAUGGCAAUACUCGGAUAAAACAAAGUCAAAACAACAGUGGCAUUUCGAUACUGUGAUUGAUACUGGAACACGCGUGAGCUGCCUUGAUUGGGGCAAAGAUGGUAAAAUGCCAUCUUUUGGCAGCAGGACAAGAGAUCUCGGUGUGGAUGCCUAUCCAUAAAGAAGGAAGCCAGCCUUUGCCGGCAUGGAAAAAGCUGUGGCAUAUAAGACCAGCAACGCAUGUUGCUAUAGCAAAAUUUGAACCAAACUCUAUGCUUUUCGCUACCGUUGGCUCGGUAAAUAUAAGAUUCCUUUUUUCUCUCCUUUCUUGUAGUGCGUCUAUUGUGUGUGUAUAAUCAU